AAACUCCUCCUCGACGUUUUCACCGCAAUUCGUCCAUUUUCACGUAAAUCGCACAUGGUGAUACAAAAAAAAAAUCUACAUUUUACACCGAUUUAGCGUCGACUAAAACACACUUGUUUCGCCUGUUAAAUGCACGACACCGAGGAUAUGCCGGUUGAUGUCGAUUUCGACGAGGAGGAACCGUCGUUCAGUGACCCAGAAGACUUUGAAGAUGAUGUCGACGAUGAAGAGCUACUGGGUGACCUGCUGCGGGAGAAGCCCCAGGAGGCAGACGGGAUCGACUCUGUGGUUGUCGUGGACAAUGUGCCCCAGGUCGGCCCCGAGCGCCUGGAGAAACUGAAGAACGUCAUCCACAAGAUAUUCUCCAAGUUCGGCAAGAUCACCAACGAGUUCUACCCGACGGUAGACGGACCUGAAGGACUCACUAAGGGGUACAUCUUCUUGGAGUAUCCUCCCACAGACCUAUAG